AUGAUUGGACAUCUUACUUUUGUUCAUGGGUUAGCCCUAGUAAAAAUUACUCAAAUUAAUUUCAGAGUAUAUGUCCACAAGUGGUGGUUCUUUGAUUUUUGCAUUCUACCACUCACCAUGGAAAUUACAAAUCCCAUACUAAAAACUGUUGGAAGAAGAAGAAAGAAUAAAUUGGAACCUGGAACCAGCAAUGCUAAACCACUGAAGGUACAAAUAUUAGCAUUGAUAGCCUUGGGUGAAGCUGAAGCUCUCAAGGAUACAACUCAAGUCCAAAAAACUGUAUAUGAAGAAGAAUUUUCAUCAAAAGGAAAUGGUAUAAUUAAUAUUGAUUAA